GGCCCUUAUUUGGUCCUUACUCAUGGAUACAACAUGCUGUGUUUUCAAGGUUUCUUAAGGCCGGACAUACUGCCUCCAUACAAGGCCAGACAUAUCUGGGGUGAGAACAGCGACAGCUGUCCUCAUAAAACAGAAGGCAAAGUGGGGGGAGGGGCCUUCCCUACAAGAGACAACUUUACUCUUUCCAAAAGAAGACAGGUUGCACACGGAAAGCCUGUUGCGCUGCUCUCCGCAGCUCAGGGAGUCUGUGGGAAUCUCUCUGCGACUGUCUGCACAAGCUGGUCUCGCAAAAACGAACGCCGCGUAUUCUCAACACUGAACAAGCACUAACGUAACCAGAGGGGCGGAGGCUAAGCACGCAUGCGCAGGGAGAAGCUAGCAGCGGCGGCGGCGCGCGCAACGGGCGCGCGCACGCGGCGGCAAACGGGCGACGGGAGUGUGCGCUGGCGUGAAGGCCGUGGACCCGGGGUGGCGUGCGCAGGGCGGAAGCGCCCCUGGGUCUCCCGCCUCGACCAUGGCGCACAGGCCUGAAAGGAGUUUCCGGCAGCGCCGAGCCGAUUCCAGUGACAGCGACGGCGGGGAAGAGCAGGCGGCCCAGGGGCCCCAGCGCCCUGCGCAGGAAGGGCCGCUCUCUGGAGGGGGCCGCGCGGCGGUCGUGGAGCGGCCCCUUCGCGCCCGGGGCUCUCGGGGCCGGGGCCGGGCGUGGGCGUGUUCCCGGCGUCCCCGCGCGGACGGCGGCUCGGGCGUCCGAGGUGACGUGGGGCGGCGGGGAGGCGCCCCAGAAUCCAGAACGAUUGAUCUUUCGACAGAUGAAGAGGAUGGAACACAUCAUUCCUCAGAAAGUAAGGAUGAUCAGAAUUCAUCUUCCGACAGCUCUAGCUCUCUGGAAGAAGAAUUUUCAUCAGUAGUACAUAUCCCUGAUGCAGCUUUUAUUCAGGCAGCCCGCAGAAAACGUCAGCUGGCCAGGACCCAAGAUGACUAUAUUCCUUUGAAUGUAAAACAUACCUCCACCAUGACUGGUAUGAAGGAAAACAGUGACGAAGAUCCUGAGAGUGAGCCUGAUGACCAUGAAAAGAGAAUACCAUUUACCCCAAAGCCUCAAACACUUAGACAAAGAAUGGCUGAAGAAACAACAACCAGAAAUGAAGAAACAAGUGAAGAAAGUCAGGAAGAUGAAAAUCCAGAUAUUUGGGAACAGCAGCAAAUGAGGAAAGCAGUUAAAAUCACCGAGGGAGGGAACAUAGAUCUUGCCCACAGCAGUGAAUUUCAAACAGUGAAGAAGUUUGAUACCUCCAUUUUAUUUCCACCAGUAAAUUUAGAAAUUAUAAAGAAGCAGUUAAAUACCAGAUUAACAUUACUACAGGAUACUCACCGCUCACACCUGAGGGAAUAUGAAAAAUAUAUACAAGAUGUCAAGAGCUCAAAGAGUACCAUUCAGAACUUAGAGAAUUCAACAAGUCAAGCUCUAAAUUUUAAAUUCUAUAAAAGCAUGAAAAUUUACGUGGAAAAUUUAAUUGACUGUCUUAAUGAGAAGAUUAUCAACAUCCAAGAAAUAGAGUCAUCCAUGCAUGCACUCCUUUUAAAACAAGCCAUGGCCUUUAUGAAACGCAGGCAAGAUGAAUUAAAACAUGAAUCAACGUAUUUACAACAGUUAUCAUGCAAAGCUGAGACAUCAACAAGUGGAAGCUUGACUACAGAUGAAAAGACUCAGUGGAUUUUACAAGAGAUUGAAUCUCGAAGGGCCCAAAGAAGACAAGCAAGAGCUCUUUCUGGGAAUUGUGAUCAUCAGGAAGGGAUAUCUAGUGAUGAUGAACUCUCGUCAGCAGACAUGAUUGACUUCCAAAAAAGCCACGGUGACAUUUUACAGGAUCUUAAGAAAAUUUUUGAAGAUGUGCAGGAUGAUUUUUGUAAAAUCCAGAAUAUUUUGUUGAAAUUUCAACAGUGGCGAGAAAAGUUUCCUGAUUCUUAUUAUGAAGCUUUUAUUAGUUUAUGCAUACCGAAGCUUCUAAAUCCCCUAAUAAGAGUUCAGCUGAUUGAUUGGAAUCCUCUUAAGUUUGACUCUAUAGGUUUAAAACAGAUGCCAUGGUUCAUAUCUGUAGAAGAAUUUAUGGACAGCAGUAUGGAAGACUCAAACAGACAUAGUUCUGAUAAGAAAAUCUUGUCUGCUAUCAUCAACAAAACAAUUAUUCCUCGACUUACAGACUUUGUAGAGUUCAUUUGGGAUCCCUUGUCAACCUCACAGACAAGAAGUUUAAUAACACACUGCAGAAUGAUUCUUGAACAUUCCACUUGUGAAAAUGAAGUUAGUAAAGGCAAACAGGAUUUACUUUCAUCCAUUGUUUUAAGAAUGAAGAAGGCAAUAGAAGAUGAUAUUUUUAUUCCUCUAUAUCCAAAGAGUGCUGUGGAAAACAAAACAUCACCACAUUCAAAAUUCCAAGAAAGACAGUUCUGGUCAGGUCUAAAGCUCUUUGGCAACAUUCUUCUUUGGAAUGAACUCCUCCCAGAUGACACCUUGCAAGAGCUAGGACUAGUGAAGCUGCUAAAUCGUUACCUUAUUAUAGUUCUUCUUAAUGCCACACCUGGGCCAGAUGUUGUCAAAAAGUGCAGCCAGAUAACAGCCUAUUUACCAGAAAAAUGGUUCAAAAAUUCUGCCAUAAGAACACCUAUUCCCCAGCUAGAAAACUUCAUCCAGUUUUUAUUGCAAUCUGCACACAAGUUAUCUAGAAGUGAAUUCAGGGAUGAAGUCAAAGAAAUUAUUAUUAUUAUGGUGAAAAUAAAAGCUUUGAAACAAGCAGAAUCCUUCAUUGAAGAACACCACCUAGACCAUCUUAAAUCAGUAAUUAAAGAAGUUUGAAUAAACUUUAUAGGAAAAUACUAAAAUGAGACUUUAAUACAGUCACACUCAGCUCCUUCACUUGGGGGUGGGGAGGAGAAGUGGGUACCUCUCCUUUAUUCCCAGUAAUGGAGAGGAGGAUUUGCAGAAAAAUAAACUGUGUCCUUCCAUUCCCUCUGUGAGCUUUUACCAUCUCAUAUCAUGAGAGGGCUGCCCCUCCUGAUUCUGUCAUGGUUAUAGGAAUUAAGCACAUGGGCAGUAAGAGUUUAACAUAUUUCCCUUUGAUUCUUUUGACCUUUUCCAUUUCUGUGAACUUGAAGAAACUGUGCUUAUAGCCAUUUUGACUUUGGUGAGUCUUCUCUCCGGAACCAUAAAGACAUCUUUUAGUUCUCGUCAUUGUAACUGUCUUGUCAUUGUAACUGUCUCUGUUUACAAAGAAGUUAAAAUGGAAAUCGUAAUUGAAAUGAAUUAUUUGUUAAGUAUUAACUGAGUAGUUACCAAAACCUUAAAAUGUCCUAAUGUCAAAUUGUCCUCCAGAAACCUGUACUCAAUGCACCUAACCUUGUACCAUCACUAGUGUAAGAUGCCAACAUAUCCCCACCAGCAAUAAAUAUUUUUUUGUUCUCAUUAUAAAUUUAAAAAUGGAAAGAAUCUUAUUUUAAUUGUUUUAGCUAUUAGAGAAUGAAUACUUGCUUUUUUUGGCCAUUUAUAAUUAUUUUUUAAAUAUCCAUUCCUCUAUUAUGGAUUUUUAAGAGCUUUAUAAAGAUAUUGAUGUUUCUCCUGUCCUGUGUUAGUUUCCCUCAUUGCCAUUUCUCUUAAUUCUGUGUAUGACAUUUUUGGUGUACUAAGUCAGUACUUGCAGGUACUUACUAUUUUAUUAGGGUUUUUGUUGUCAGUAGUAGGCUUAGACAGGAAACAGAUUUUUUAAAUAUUCAGAACAUGUGAUUCACCUUCUGAUAAGAUAUUUGGGUAAUUAAGAAAGCCUGAGACAAGGUAACUGAAUCAAAAAGAAAUUGGGAACAUUUUUCAGAGGGAGAGUUUAGUAAUAAUUUUUCUUAAAUCUGUAUGUUAAAUAACUCAAGGGCAGCCCUAAUUAUGUACUCUGCAAAUUGCUGCCCACAAGAUAAACAGGAAAAAAUAUUGUAGGAUAUGAACAGUGGCUGGCCUCUGACAUUAUCCCUCCUAGUUUUGAAGGGAUGUAUGUUUUAACACAUUGGUGUGUGAUUUCCACUGCAGUGAAGACCUAUGAUUCACUAAAUAGUUUUUAAAAGUUUAUGUAGGAAUAGAAUCUCAUCUAGAAGUCAAGCCAUUGCUGAAAAGUAUUUAGCAUUCUUAAAAUUGUUCUCAGAGGUAAUUGCUGUUUUGUUUUAAUGUUAUUUUUGUAAAUAAAAGAUCUGAAAGGAUAGGUGUGUGUACAUACACACACAUCUGUUUUUACAUAAAUGGCUGAUACUUUAUUAUAUAUGAAGCUUGUAAAUUUUUUUACUAUUAAAGUAUGCAUUUGGAAAUUU